GCACGUUGGUGAUCAGUAGUAUGGCGGCACUAAAAAAAACCGGUUGAUUUGUUGAUGUUUUAUACAUAAGUACCGAUUUGAAAAAAAUUUUGAAAAUGAUAAAAAUAUCAGCAUUGAAUGAAGAAUCCAGCGAAGAAAGCGAAGAAGAAGAUGUACCAACAAUUACGAAGGAAGCUCAAGAACAAAUAGCUCUUACAGAAUAUAAUAAAGCCUUAGUAUUGUUAAAGCAAAACAAGCAAGAAGAUGCAUUGAAUAUUUUUAAAGAUCUUUUAGAAACUGAAUUAUUGGAUGAGGUUGAAAAGCCAGAAAUACCUGAUGGCAGAUCUAGGCCAAUGUUGUCAUUAAAAUAUUCUUGUUUUAAAAAUAUUGGUGCAAUACAGGCUACAUUAGGAAAUUAUGAUGAAGCAAUAGAAAAUUAUUGGUUAGCAGCUAACUUGGAUGAUACAGAUGUAACGUUAUGGUAUAGAAUAGGCACAUUAGCAAUGAAAAUUUCUAAUUUAGAAUUAGCAUGUUCAUCAUUUAAGCAAGGCUUAAAAUGCAAUACUAACCAUUGGCCAUGUUUAGAUAACAUGAUAACUGCUUUAUAUGCAGUUCCUGAUUAUAUGAAUUGUCUUUUAUAUAUUUCUAUGGCAUUAGAACGUGAUCCUAACUAUGUAAAAGGUUUAGCUUUCCGUGAUAAAAUAUUCAAAGACAUUCCAUGCCUCAAAGAAUGCUAUAAAUUUUACAAUAGUGAUUGGCAAUUAGAUCCACCACUGUACACUGAAUAUGAUCAUAUAAUAGGAGAAAAGUUAAUAGCAGAAGCACAAGAAGUCGCUGAAAAAUGGGCAGAAACCUGUAAAAUAGAAUUCACUUCUAAACCAUUACCAGAUCUGACACUAAGAAAAUCCAUAAAGAGCUACACCUGGUUAGAUUUAGGAGAAUCUUUAUUGGAUAUGCAUAAGUACAUCACAGAAAACGAUUUAAGUUUUGUUAGUAGAAUUAAUUUAGUGGUUGAUAACACUGAAGAAACAUCUAGAGCCAAUGUGGAAGCUGAUAUUCAAGAAAAUAAUAUGAAUACAAAUCAGGAAGUAUCACAGAAUACUGUUAUAAAAAAAGAAGACGAUACUGACAAAUUAUUAAAAAUGGAUAUAGAUGAAGCUAAUUCUCCAUUUGAAAUAUCUGAUGACAAUCAAGUAUAUGGUGGUACCGACACUAUGAUGGAAAUAGAAGUAGAAGAUGAUAAAAAAUCAUGUUCUACAGAUGUACAAAUAAUAGAAGAUGAUGAUCCUUUGAGAAUUUCAGACACAGAUGCUGCACAGUUUGAAGAACAAAGUCAAACAAAGAAUGAUCUGGAAGAUCAAACUAAUUUUGAAACAGAUGAAAAUGGAGAUAAAUUUCAAUCAGAUAAAAUGAUGGAUGAUACUUAUAAUAAUGGGAACAAGAUACAAAAUGAUAAUGUUAGUGAUAAGGAUAGUAAUAAAUCCAAUGACAAGGAGUAUGAAAAAAGUGUAAAGAAAGUAGAUAAGGACCAAUGCAAAACAGAAGGUAAAUUAAAUGAAAAGGUUGAGGGAAAAGAGGAAGUACAAAAAGUGAAAAAAAGGCGCAGAAGUGCCCUGUACUUUCUACAGCAAUGGGCUUGGAGUUGUAAUAGUAUGAGACGUUCUGCAAGAGUAAGAAGUUCAAAUAGGAGGGAAGCUGAAAGAGAUGAUGUCCAAUUAGAAGAGACUCUUAGAAGAAUAUUUCCUAGUUCAUUAUUACCAGAUACAGUAAAAUUAACUAAAGAUGAUCCUUCAAAAAAUAUGGAUGAUUCUAUGGAUACAAUGGAGUUAUAUCAACUAUUUGCUAAUCAAGAAAAUAACAGUAAUAUUGCAGAAGCACUUAAAAGUUCUGACAGUUCAAAAUCGCCAAGUCCUGAUACAAGUCAGCAACAACAUUAUUUUGGUACAGAAUCAGAAGCAGCAGAUGUAAACAUGUUUAUUAAUCAGCACAGUGGUAAAAGUAAUUUAAUGAUUAUUAUAGCAAGGUAUACCGAAUUUCUAUGCAUUAAAUGGAAUCAAGAAUGGCCAAAAGGAAUGUCAGAAAUAUAUUUGCAGGCAUACACAUUUAUGAGGGAGCAUAUACCACACCCAUCAUCAUUUGAAGAAGAUAUAGAUGAUGAUAUUUUUAAAUUAGAUACUGAAAUGACUUUACUGUUUGGUGAACUUCAUACAGAUAGAUGGUUAAAUAAUAAACCAGAUAUCUUACCUUCUUCGACAUUAGAUAAGCUUGGUACAGGUUUACCAUCGGAAGAAUUAGGGCAUAUAAUUUUUACGAGCGUUCGAAGGGAUAUUUUGAAUGAAGAAAAUAAAUUCAUUUUAUUAAGAGUUUUGUGGCUUAAAGCCAAUGUCUUUUUGUGCCAGGGUGAUACAGAUAUUGUCAUUGAAACUUUAGAAUUGUUAUUAAAUCAUAUGAAAGAAUUAGAAAAACAAAAUCAAAAUAUUUAUCUAAAACUACCCAAUUGUAAAUACAAUUUUCAAAUCAGUAUUAAAAUAGUGGAAAAGAAACUUAAAUCUAUUCAAAGGGGACAGAAAUUAGGCGAGAUACAACAUUUAUACGACGAAAAAAAGUAUGCUGAACUUGCUUAUGUAUUACAAGAUACAUUUAAAUUUGCAAAACAAGGAAAUAAACUAUUGUCCGUUAGCGACAAUAUCGUUGAUAGGGUGCAACAAUUAUCUAUGUUGCUGGAUAGUUUAUGGCAACUUCAGCAGUAUGAAGAAUGUUAUGUAUGGGCGGAAGCUUGCCUCAAUGAAGCUUGGCAAAAUUAUUUAAACACUACCGACGAAGUUGAACAAAAAAAGUGGACAAAUUCUGUUUUAAUGGCGCUUGAAAAAUUAGAAGCUUGUACGAUCGAAGUUAGCACUUUCGUCGUAAAGUAUUUACCAGAGACACGCCUUUCAAGAUUAGUACAAAAUUUGGUUCACAUCGUUUGUAAUCAGUUAGAUGUAUCAGAAAAUACCGUUGAAAUGCCACUUGAAACCGUUCUGCCUUGGAUUUUGUUACAUUACGUUUUGCAGUAUAAAGAAGAUAAAGAAAGAGCAAAGGCUGAAUCAUCGUACAAAAAUAAGCAUAAUUCUAAUUAUUCUGAAUCAGACGACGAGGAUGAAGGUGUUCCGGCAUCCAUAACAAUUCUAUUUAUUGCUCACAAUUUUAUAGGUAGACAUUCAUGGUGUUGUUAUAACGAGGCGAAACUUUUAUUUUUUACAUUGGGUCUAGUUAUCCCAAAAUUAGAAACACCUCAGUUUUCUAGCAUAAAAGGUAAAGUUUCGAAAUAUUUGGAACAAAUAUUCUACUGUCUCUAUGGUCAUUACAAUAGGGUGAACAAAGGUCGACCGAAACAUAUAGAAGAUCAUGGGGUGCCUCAAAUGAAAAUGACAUGGGAAGGAGCACAAUUGUUGUUCGAUUUUUAUAAACCCAAACAGAUACCAGAAUUCAAUUCACCUAGGUCUUUAACGAUCAGCGCAGAUACGGAAGAAUUGUUUAAACGCAUAAUAAAAUUGAUUCCUCCAGAAAGUGAUCCGAAUCAAGUGAUCGACGAAAUGAUGGCUUAUAUAAUGGGAGAACGGAAGACAAUGGCAACGGUUAAAAAACCUUUGCCACAUUCUAUGUCUACGAUUUAUUACUUGUUAGGAGACUUUUAUUUUAAAAAUCUCAAAUGGAGCGCAGCAAUUCGUUAUUAUUUGUUAGACUUAUGUUUACAUCCAACGAGAUUAAGUUCUUGGACCGGAUUGGCAAUGUCCUCGGGCACUGUAAUAGAGACUUGGUUAAACAAAUAUAAACCAAUAAACGAAGAUAAACUGUUAGCAAAGGCAAAGAUGGCACAAUCUAGUUAUCAACACGCUGUUGAACUAGACUCUUGUAAUCAUAUUAUUUGGACCGAAUAUGGAACUUUUGCGUACGUUGUUCACUCAUUCUGCUCGCGAUUAUUGAAGCAGGAAACAGACACAUUGAGUAUGGAACGGUUCGAAAUUCUGGAAACUAGAAAAGAAGAAAUGCUGGAAAUUGCCCAUCAGUGUUUUCAAUCUUGUGCUCAUUUAUUUAUUGGCAUUAAAGAUGGGACAACACCGCACGAUGAAAGAUGGCUUUAUCAGUACAUGCUUGGUAAAAUUGCUGAAAAGAAAAAUCAAGAUCCUCCAAUAUUUUUAGAACAUUAUGCAAAGGCUAGCGAAUUGUUGUACCACAAUAAUGCACAAUAUCCACGUAGAAUAAGUCAUAAAGGUCCACAGCAUCUUUCAGUGGAAGCAUUAGAAGUACAUUAUCGAAUCCAUGCAAGUAUACUGAAGUACCUCGAACAACACGAAGGUAAACCUGUGAAGAAAUCUUUGGGGCAACAGCUUCAAUUGCAACUUGAAAAAUGUGCUCAAGGUCCUUUUAUGAAAUAUAAUUCAAAAUUAAAUGAAAAAAGCAAAGAAGAUAACCUGUUUACCAAUAAUAAAGGUACUGGAAAAGAAGUGGAACUUGUAGUUGAAGCAGAAAGAAACGUUGUUGCUAUUAGUCAACGUUCAAGCAGCAUCGAAGAAAUCGAAAUCGUGGAUAGAACAAAUAAAGGAUUCAGUUCAAUCCAUCGUAUGGAACAAAUGAAAAUGGAUACGCGUAAAAGAUCACCUACCGAGUUACCGCAAGAUAAUGUGAAGAAAAUAAAAUUAGGCAAUGUAUCUCAUUUGCAGUUAAUGCAAGAUGUCGUGGCUUUAAUAGAUGAUGUAAUUACAAAAGUCUGUGACAUGGUUAUGCAAAAGGAGAAAAGCGAUGAAAUUAUGGUGUUGUCAAGUGACGAGAGUAACGAAUCAAAAUCACAAAAAAAGAAAGUGAAAAGAAACGUUGAAAAAUCGAAAUCCCGAGUGAAAUCUGACGAAAGCAAAAAGAGUUCGUUAAAAGCGAACAAUGUGUUUGAGGCUGAUGGUAAAUCUGAAAAUGUGCAAGAUCUAAUGGAUGCAUUAAUGAAACAAGCGAUGGAAAUUAGUCAGGAAACACGUCAAUCGACACCCGAAGAUGAGGAUACGAGAAAGUUUGAUGGAAAAUGGCUACAAAGUGAAGAUUUACAAUCAAACAAUAAAGAUUCGAAAGAUAAAUCAAAUGAUAAAAAGAAGCUAUUAAAAGAAGAAAUGACAAUAAGUAGGAGAGGUUCUCAAGAAAGCACAACAACAACGCAAACAACUACAACAACAGAAACAAAUAAUUCAAGUUCUAGUAGUAGCGACGAAUCAAGUAGUAGCGAUGAUAGUUCUGAUAGCGAUAGUUCAAGUGAUACCGAUAGCGAUUCUGUGGAAAGUGAUAAUGAAAAGAAGAAGAAGGAAACUAAUUUCGUACAGAAAGAAGAAACUAUGACGGAAGAGGAAGUUGCUACUUUGAUAGCAUACUGUUUAGCUGGUCUGGAACAGUGUAUUUUAAGAUUUUCUGAACAUUAUAAAUCGUUUUACAGAUUAUCACACUUCUUCUUCAAUAAUAAAACUGCCAGAGACAUAACAAAAUGCAGAAACCUUUUACUAGACAGUUACAAUUGUCAAUUUUACCGAGGCGAAAGCUUUCAAGGACUUUUUUCUGACAGGAAAAGCACUAAUUUUUUUAGUGGUGUUUGGCACAUACCAAAUAGAGAAGUUGAUAGGCCAGGAAGUUUUGCAUUUCAUAUGUCAAGAUGUGUAACACUAUUGAUGCAAGUACUUAAAGAAACGAACGACGGUCGAAUGUUAAUGCAAUUAAGCGUACAACUUGGGAAAAUACCAGAAUCAGACAAGAAAUAUUUACGUGACUCAGAAAGGGAACAACUGUCUUGUCAAGCACUAACUCUCUGUCUACAAUCUCUUAGAACUAAAGUUCAAUUAAUGGGUGCAAGUGCUUCUGAUUCUACGUCCAAUAAAAAUACAGAUGCUAGAACUCAAGUUCUCCUUGAUACUUAUUGGGUAUAUCAAAGAGCCUUAAAAUGCUUUCACACUAAAGAACAAACAAUACAAACGUUGGCUUCUUUAUUGGUAGACACGUAUAAAACAUAUAUCGGUAAUAAAAAUUUAGAAGGAAAUGUUUUGGAAAUUGCAACGAAGUACUGUAACGAUUACAACUAUAAUCGAAAAGUUCUGAACAAAUUCUUUUCCAAUCUUGAUACGCCUGUCGGGGAUACUCAAGCACAACCCCAAUCGACAUCUCCGACUCCUGUGAUCACAUCUCAGCCAACAGUGAGUUCUACAUCGCCUCAGUCAUCUCAAAAUCGAAAAUCAUACAAAAGUUUAACGUCCACUGGUCGACCAAGAGGACGACCACCUAAUGUUAAUAAAUAUUUACAAGCGAUGCAACACAGUGGCAAUACAAUGAACCAGUUCAACACGAAAUCUAACUUCGCCAAUUAUAUGGGAGCAUCAGGAAAUCGCUCCUUGAUGAAUCCUUACUUUAUGCAUCCUUUGGUCGAUCCAAAUAUACUUUCUGCUUUAUUAACUACUGGUUUAAGCGGUAGCAUGAUGGAUCCUUUAUCGGCUAUGAAUUAUUUGAACCAAAUGGGAAAUUAUCAAGACAUUCUUAGACAAUAUCAGAAUAAUAUGUCUUCAUUGUCAAAUUUAACUGGUGGCUUAAGUAGUACAAUCGCUACUGCACCUAAUAUAAGCAACGUGACUACAAUGAGCACAUCUACAUCUAAUAUGAAUGUAGCUCCCAAUAUGAAUACUUUAAAUAAUUUGAAUAAUUUAACGGUUCAACAAUUAUUAGGUUUAAGUAGUUCAACGGCAACGACUGUACGUUCUUCACCCAUGUAUCAGCAAGCAGCUACAACAAAAACUACGACCACCGCAUCGAUAACUAAAGAUAGACCUAGUAUAUCGAUAACUCCAGUAAACACGGUAUCGGCUAAGAACAAACCAUCAAAGCAAAGUCCACAAAAUGAUUCUUUACCAGUUCAACUACCAAAAUCUUUACAAAUAUCGCAAGCUUCGAAAACGGUUUUACAGCCACCAACCACUCAAGUUUCUCUUUUGAAACCAUCCAUAACUCAGCAUGUUAAAACGAGUCCACCCAAACAGAUGAGUGCACCCCAAAUUAGAGUGUCAAAAUCACUGACCGAACCCCAACCUGCACACAAUCCUUCUUUAUCCCAUUCUCCUUUAAAAAGUGCCACUACGACAAAUCCAUCAACGGUGCCUCAAGUCGCUCAUUCUGUAAUAGGUCCAUCAAUGAACAUGAAGCAAACGUUAUCCAUGAAUGUGCCUAUUUCGCAUUCAGGAACGUCGUUGCAGCAUAAAUUAUUAUCGAAGAAGAACUCGCAGAGAUCGUAUACCCAAGCAAAUAUGCAAAAUCCAGCGAGAAAAACGAAAGUGGCUAAAACUAUGCCCGCAUUACCAAGUAACUUCUCAAAUAUGUUGAAUGCGAUUCCCGGAAAUUCGUCGAUGCCACAGCCACCUUAUAUACCACCAGAAUUAAGUGGAAUAUCGGUGAGUCCUGUAAACCCCCAAAGUGGGUUGAAAGGUCCAAGCACAAAAUAUUCCAGCUACAAAAAAUCGUCCACGAAAACAAAAGCAGCCUCGUCGAUGGAUAUUUCUAAUUCUAUAACAAAUUCGUACUCUCAAGGGAAUUCCGCGGAGGCUCUUUCAAUGCUUUCCCAAUUAAAGCAACACUCGCAUUUAGAAAUCAUACCGCAGCAGAAACCGCAAAUGAAGCCGAGUAUGGAAUAUACGAAGAAUUUGUCUUCGGGUGUAAGCGUCGUUCCACAAAAAGUAUCGGAACCUUUAAGGUCUUCGACUACAGACUGUAUGACCAUAUAUGAUUUACCAAGAGGAAAAUCGAGUAACAUUUCUAACAAAAAAGGAGAGAAAGUCGCUAACGAUAGCGUUGAAAUUAUAACAUUAGAUGACUAAACGUCCACGGCAAAAUGCCAUUUAUAUUUUUCUCUUUCCUCCCGCGAUUUGGUAUUCCAAAUGAUUUUUCAUGUAUUAUUCGUAGGAAAAACGAUAGACCUCUGCAAUUUACAGUAACCGUGAUAUAUAAAUGAUUACGAUUACAUAAUCGUGCGAAUAACAUUUUUUAAUAUCGUUGCAGUAUACAGUUUUAUUUCCAUCGUGAACGACUGAAAUAGAUUGCUAGCCUUCUCACUUUUGUGCCUAAUGGAAUCAUACUACAUAUGAACAAUUUAAUUUUCAUACAAGAAAAAACAAAUAGAUAAUAAAUACGAGUAUUCUAAAUUUAAAAAAUUUUAAA